GUUAUUGACAUAUGUAUUUUUUUAUGGAGCUUCUUGAGCCCUGAAUUUGUGUAUAAACACGUGGUAUGAAAUAUCAGAAAUGUUUAUGAAGCCAAGUCUGGCUUAUAUAGGCCACUAAAUUAUAAAGAAGAAGAAGAAGAAAUGUUUGUGCUUGCGGAAUUAAAAGACACUGUUAGAAUAUCACCGAGCAACUUCAAAUAUAAAUUAAAUGAUGUAGUUGCUGACGAAUUAAACAAAAAGCUCGCUAAUAAAGUUUACAAGGAUGUAGGGCUUUGCAUUGUGUUGCAUGACAUUACAAAGAUCGAAGAAUCAUAUAUUUUUCCAGGAGACGGAGCAUCACAUACAAAAGUGACGUUUCGAUUUAUCGUGUUCCGUCCAUGGAUAGAAGAAAUAUUAGUAGGAAAAGUUCGUAGUUCCAGCUCCGAGGGUGUACAUGUUACAUUAGGAUUCUUUGAAGAUAUAAUUAUACCACCUCAUAAGUUACAACAUCCAUCACAUUUUAAUCAAACACAACAAAUGUGGUUCUGGGUAUAUAAGACUGAAGAUGGAAAGGAACAUAAUUUAUAUAUGGAAACAGGAGAUGCAAUACGAUUCAGGGUAGUGGAAGAGAUUUUUGCAGAGGCACCUUUACCAUCUACAGUUAAUGCGCGUGAUGUAGGAGAAAUGCCAGAAACUAAUGUAGCACCGUAUAUUUUACAUGGAUCAAUCGACGAGCCUGGCUUAGGUUUACUUAUCUGGUGGAAAGAUGUAUAAUUUAUUUUAUAGUGAAAAUUCCAAAUAAAAUAAAGAUA